AUGGACGUGGACGUGGUCGUGGACGUGGACGUGGACGUGGACGUGGUCGUGGUCGUGGACGUGGACGUGGACGUGGACGUGGACGUGGACGUGGUCGUGGACAUGGACGUGGACAUGGACGUGGACGUGGACAUGGACGUGGACAUGGACGUGGACGUGGACGUAGACGUGGACCUGGACGUGGUCGUGGACAUGGACGUGGACGUGGACGUGGACGUGGACGUGGACGUGGACGUGGACGUGGACGUGGACGUGGACAUGGACGUGGACGUGGACGUGGACGUGGACGUGGACAUGGACGUGGACAUGGACGUGGACGUGGACAUGGACGUGGACAUGGACGUGGACGUGGACGUGGACGUGGACAUGGACGUGGACGUGGACAUGGACGUGGACGUGGACGUGGACAUGGACGUGGACGUGGAUGUGGAGGACUUGGACGUGGACAUGGACGUGGACAUGGACGUGGACGUGGACGUGGACGUGGACAUGGUCGUGGACGUGGACGUGGACGUGGACAUGGACGUGGACGUGGACGUGGAGGUGGACCUGGACGUGGAUAUGGACGUGGACAUGGACAUGGACGUGGACAUGGACGUGGACGUGGACGUGGACGUGGACAUGGACGUGGAUGUGGACGUGGACGUGGACAUGGACGUGGACAUGGACGUGGACGUGGACAUGGACGUCGACGUGGACAUGGACGUGGACGUGGACGUGGACCUGGACAUGGACGUGGACAUGGACGUGGACGUGGACAUGGACGUGGACGUGGAGGUGGACGUGGAGGUGGACGUGGACGUGGACGUGGACAUGGACGUGGACGUGGACGUGGACGUGGACGAGGACAUGGACAUGGUCGUGGACGUGGACGUGGACGUGGACAUGGACAUGGACGUGGACGUGGACGUGGACGUGGACGUGGACAUGGGCGUGGACAUGGACGUGGACUUGGACGUGGACGUGGACGUGGACGUGGACGUGGACGUGGUCGUGGACGUGGUCGUGGAGGUGGACGUGGACGUGGACGUGGACGUGGACGUGGACGUGGACGUGGACGUGGUCGUGGACGUGGACGUGGACGUGGACAUGGUCGUGGACGUGGACGUGGACGUGGACGUGGACAUGGACGUGGACGUGGACGUGGACGUGGACAUGGACGUCGACAUGGACGUGGACGUGGAGGACUUGGACGUGGACAUGGACGUGGACGUGGACGUGGACGUGGACGUGGACGUGGACGUGGACAUGGACGUCGACAUGGACGUGGACGUGGACAUGGACGUGGACAUGGACAUGGACGUGGACGUGGACAUGGACGUGGACGUGGACGUGGACAUGGACGUGGACGUGGACGUGGACGUGGACGUGGACGUCGACGUGGACAUGGACGUGGACAUGGACGUGGACGUGGACAUGGAUGUGGACCUGGACGUGGACAUGGACGUGGACGUGGACAUGGACGUGGACGUGGACAUGGACGUGGACGUGGACGUGGACAUGGACGUGGACGUGGACAUGGACGUGGACAUGGACGUGGACGUGGACAUGGACGUGGACGUGGACGUGGACAUGGACCUGGACGUGGACGUUGACGUGGACAUGGACGUGGACGUGGACGUGGACAUGGACGUGGACGUGGACGUGGACGUGGACGUGGACGUGGACAUGGUCGUGGACGUGGACGUGGACGUGGACGUGGACGUGGACGUGGACAUGGACGUGGACGUGGACGUGGACGUGGACGUGGACGUGGACGGGGAUAUGGACGUGGACGUGGACAUGGACGUGGAUAUGGACGUGGAGGUGGACAUGGACGUGGACAUGGAUGUGGACGUGGACGUGGACGUGGACGUGGACGUGGACGUGGAGGUGGACGUGGACAUGGACGUGGACGUGGAGGUGGACGUGGAGGUGGAUGUGGACGUGGACAUGGUCGUGGACGUGGACGUGGACGUGGACAUGGUCGUGGACGUGGACGUGGACGUGGACGUGGACGUGGACGUGGACGUGGACGUGGACAUGGACGUGGACAUGGACGUGGACGUGGACAUGGACGUGGACGUGGACAUGAACGUGGACAUGGACGUGUACGUGGACGUGGACGUGGACAUGAACGUGGACAUGGACAUGGACGUGGACAUCGACGUGGAUGUGGACGUGGACGUGGACGUGGACAUGGAUGUGGACGUGGACGUGGAUGUGGACGUGGACAUGGACGUGGACCUGGACGUGGAUGUGGACGUAGACGUGGACGUGGACAUGGACGUGGACAUGGACGUGGACGUGGACGUGGACGUGGACAUGGACGUGGACGUGGACGUGGACGUGGACAUGGACGUGGACGUGGACGUGGACGUGGACGUGGACGUGGACGUGGACGUGGUCGUGGACGUGGACGUGGACGUGGACGUGGACGUGGACGUGGACGUGGACGUGGACGUGGACGUGGAGGACUUGGACGUGGACAUGGACGUGGACGUGGACGUGGACGUGGACGUGGACAUGGACGUGGACGUGGACGUGGACGUGGACGUGGACGUGGACGUGGACGUGGACAUGGACGUGGACGUGGACGUGGACAUGGACGUGGACGUGGACGUUGUUGAGUCCUAG